UUAACCCUUUGCUCUUUGGCUCCUGCAGUUCCAGAGACCUUUCUAACUCCUCCCCUCACCACACCCCACCGAAAUCUGGCAGGGGGUAGAUAGUGGUGAAUGGGGAGGGAUCAUACAGGGCAGUCCAUAUUUCUGUGCACCAAGUCAGAGGACUGUGCAGACAGAGCCUGAGAGACAACCCCAUCACCUGAGAGAGAACCUGACAGUCAUGGACAGUCUCCUGAUGAAGAGGAAACUUUUCCUCUACAACUUCAAGAACCUGCGCUGGGCCAAGGGCCGUCGUGAAACCUACCUCUGCUACGUUGUGAAGCGCCGUGACAGUGCCACGUCAUGCUCCCUGGACUUUGGGUACCUGCGUAACAAGAUGGGCUGCCACGUGGAGGUUCUCUUCCUACGCUACAUCUCAGCCUGGGACCUGGACCCAGGCCGCUGCUACCGCAUCACCUGGUUCACCUCCUGGAGCCCCUGUUACGACUGUGCCCGACACGUGGCUGACUUCCUGCGUGCCUACCCCAACCUGACCCUGCGCAUCUUCACCGCCCGCCUCUACUUCUGUGAGGACCGCAAGGCAGAGCCCGAGGGGCUACGGCGUCUGCAUCGGGCUGGGGCCCAAAUCGCCAUCAUGACCUUCAAAGAUUACUUCUACUGCUGGAACACAUUUGUGGAGAACAGGGAAAAGACAUUCAAAGCCUGGGAGGGACUGCAUGAAAACUCUGUCCAUCUGUCCAGGAAACUCCGACGGAUUCUCCUGCCAUUGUAUGAAGUAGAUGAUUUACGAGAUGCCUUUAAAACUCUGGGACUUUGAAGCGAAACUCAUCAACAAUCAGAAGACUUCAACACUCGUUCUUUGAUUUUCAACUCUUCCUUCACAUGUCUUUCUCUUCUUCCCUCUUUCCAUCUCUCUUUCUUCCAACCCUGUGUCCAGAGAUAAGACUAUCCUUACUUUUUCAUUUCGAAGGAAAAUUAGGCUGAUCUUCUGAAGACACAUUCCCUGAGAUUCACACAAUCCAUUGCUAGCUGGGAAUAGCCGGGACUGCAGUGACAUUGCCAGGGGUUAUUUGCCUUUCCUCGGUCCCUUUAGAGCUAAUUCAGGUGGCCUGAUACAUUGAGUUUUGGGUUUGGCUGCAGUGCUCUUCAUGUGGCUGUGUUCACUGACAUCACACUGAUGUGCAAAAGUCACCAGGGCUUUGGAGAGCAAGUCUUUUGCUCCUUAGAGGUGCACUACACUGAGCUGCUCUGUAUGUCCUCCCUUGUGAAGUAGUUUAUUUAUCCUUCUGGAUGUGGAUAGGAAUGUGAAAACCAUCAGCAUGUAAGUGGUAAAGCCUACACCCAAACAGCCAAAUUGGCCAGUUAUUGGAAAGACCCACUGAGGGUAUUGAACCAAGUCCUGGACAGCUCAGGCAGCUCAGCUUGAAAACCUUGGUUGAAGUCAGCUGAUCUUGUAAAUAGACUGUGUGCAGGCCUGGUCCCUGUAAUGCCUCCUGCCCAGAAAGCACGGAACUUCAGUAGCUGUGGAUUCAGGUUUUGUGUCCUAUGACAUGUUGAAACUAGACAAUAAAAACUUAAAAUGAAAGCAAAAGAUUUGCUAGCCAAAAUUUUCAAGUGUCAGCUACAAUUCUGGAUGGCCAGUGAGACAUAUUCCAUGCAGAAAUCGUAAGACCAUCCACUCAAUGCCUAUUGACUACAUUGAGAGCCAUGACAGCUCUGUGUCAGGACUGAUCAGUGUGUGGACCUCUCAUGCAGCCAGGAAAGAAGCCUCCAAGGCACUUCACCAUAGCAAUGUUUUUCCAUCAUAUAUCUACCAGAAAGCAAACCAUUUCCACAUUGCAUAGUCCCUCAAAACUUAAUUUCUCAUUCUUGUUAGGCCAUAGUAUUUUGGAUGGUGUGUUGGUGUCUACAUCAGGCACUAUCUGUUUCUUGACAUACUGCAGGGAGGAGCACCACAGGUCUCACUACUGGAAUUCUUUCCAUCCACUGAGCAACUCUUCCUAGAUCAGACCUGCACUGUGCUCUCUCCCCAGCCAGCUGUCCUCCGCUGGAGGCACCUUAACACUCCUACAGUCCUCUGUCUUUACAGGCUUUUUAUUGCCCAUAAUACAGCUAUAUAUGGCUAGUCAGUGAUAGGACAGAGAGCUGACCAGAAAAAAAAAAAAAAAAGAAAGAAAAAAGAAAUAAAAAAGUUAUGAGCAAAGCCGUACAGCCUGUAGAAACCUUUAGUAGGGGGCAAAAUCAAUCCAUUCUCCUGUCUGACAAUCACUGUGUUUCCGUAAUGGGACCCCGUUAGCACCUGGUGCUGGAGACAUAAUCCUUACUAAGCUGAAGAUGUUGGUUCAUCGUACACAGCAACUCAUCUCCAACCUUCCCACUACCUAACUUGCAGAUGGAUCACCCUCUGCAGUCCAACCUCUUCAAGCUUUAUUAGGGCUAACAGUGUGGUCCCAUGCUCUGGAGGUGCUCUGCCAUUUCCUUCAUUAUGGCUGUGAGUUCUCUGUUCCAACCCUGUUCCUCUUUCUCUGUAUGGCUUCAGGUUCCCCUGUCACUCUUCCCAGUGCCUCCUCUGGUAAUGGGCCAGCAGGAGGGCAGUGCACAGCUCUUCACCCACAGAGCCUCUUGCUCUGAGAGGUCAGAGCUCAGUGCAGCACAAACUUCGUAAAACUUCAGGCUCCUGAGGCACUCUCAUCUUGAGGAAUUUGGACCAGGAAUAGCAGUGAGAGCUCUUUGCAAAGCAUUAAUUUGCAAACAUCGUCUUGUAUAUUUGUCUGAUAUGGUGCAUAUUAUUUAUAUAAGUAAAGGUUUUACAAAAGAGAAUUUGUUUUUGUCAUCAUUUUGGUACCACAUGGGCGUGGAAAGCAGAAAUUGACACAAAGAAUUCACAAGUAAUUUAUCCCUCAUGAUUUCUGCAGAGAGAAACUGGCACUAUCAUAUCAGACUGUUUAUCCUUUUCACUUGUAAUUUUGAAACUCUUGACAGUGUCAACAAGCAAUCAAGGUCACAAAGAGUUCAGGCAAUAGGUACUUUGGAAAUACUACCAAAAAUC